AUGAUACAAAGACUAAUUAAUGUCUCUUUAAAUUUAAAAAUAUGUAGUAAACAUAAUCAUUUACUGUUUAGGAUUCCUGUUCUUAGUCAGUCAGUACACCAUUGUGGAUUCAGGUUAUAUUCUAGUCACAAAGUUUCAGCGUUACGAAAUUACUAUGAAAGAACUUUCAUAUGUAGUAGCAGAUUAAAGUUCAUAUGGUCAAGAUAUUAUAGCAGCCAGGUGAAUACCCAAACAAACGACAAUCAAUCAGAAAGUAUUCAUUCGAAGGCUACAAAAAAAAUUGAUUUAAAGUCGAAAACUUCUGAAUUUAAACGCUUAUUUUCUUUAGCAGCGCCUGAAAAAUGGACUCUUACCGGUGCCAUUGGGUUUUUAAUUAUCUCAUCAAGUGUGACUAUAGCAGUACCAUUUUCAUUGGGCAAAGUUUUAGACAUAAUUUAUAGCAGUACAAAUGACUUGGGAGCCACUCGAGAACAGUUGGAUUCAUUAUGCUUGAUGCUAUGUGGAGUGUUUCUUAUAGGUGGUUUAUGCAAUUUUGGAAGAGUGUACUUAAUGUCUAUAUCAGGACAAAGGAUGACCCAGGCACUCCGUAAACAAGCGUAUACAGCAAUUAUGCGGCAAGAGCCAGCUUGGUUCAACAGGACGUCCACGGGAGAGUUAGUUAACCGCCUAUCAGCUGACACUCAACUUGUUGGACGUAACCUCAGUCAAAAUGUUAGCGACGGGCUUCGUUCGUUGUUGAUGAUUGUUGCUGGUUCGGGAAUGAUGUUCUAUAUGUCGCCGUCGUUAGCGACGAUUGGUUUAUGUGUAGUACCCCCCGUUUCAAUGCUGGCCGUCAUAUACGGGCGGUUCGUUCGCAGCAUCACAAGACAGUUACAGACAACUUUAGCUGAUACAAGUGAGUUAGCUGAAGAAAAAAUUUCAAACAUUAAAACGGUAAAAGCAUUUAGUAAAGAAGAGAAAGAAUGUGAAUCAUAUGCACAAAGAAUAGAAAAAGUACUGCAAUUGGCAUACAAAGAAUCCUUGGCUGUGGGCAGCUUCUACGGAAUGACAGGGCUUGCGGGGAACACAAUAAUAAUAUUGGUGCUUUACUACGGAGGCAGUAUGGUCGCUACAGAAGUUUUGACCGUGGGGCACCUUACUUCCUUCCUUCUCUACGCAGCCUAUGUUGGCAUAAGCAUAGGAGGGUUGAGUGGCUUCUAUACAGAGCUAAACAAAGGCUUGGGAGCCGCCACGAGACUGUGGGAGAUCAUGGAUAGGAAACCUUUAAUUCCUGUGUCAGGUGGUUUAAGGCCAACUGUAAGUCCGAAGGGUGAGAUAUGUCUAGAAAAUGUGAGUUUUUCGUACCAAGGAGCACCUUUAAUCAAAGGAAUGAAUUUACAACUAACGCCGGGCAAAAAUAUUGCGUUAGUUGGACGGUCAGGUUGCGGCAAAAGUACGAUAGCAUCGCUUAUAUUGAGGCUAUAUGAUCCUGAUGAUGGAAGGAUACUGUUAGACGGUGUUGAUAUAAGAGAAUUGGACCCAGUCUGGUUAAGGAGCCAUAUUGGUUUCGUCAGUCAGGAACCUGUACUUUUUAGUGGAUCAAUUAAAGAAAAUAUAUUGUAUGGAGCGAUAGGCGACGGCGAGGAGAUGGUUGAAAAUAAUGGUAAGCUCGAGCCGGCGUGGUUGGUGGCGGCGCGCACCGCGCAGCUGCAGGAGGUGGUGGGCGCGCAGGGCUGGCGUCGUGACGUAGGCGCGGGCGGCUCGCAACUCAGCGGCGGCCAGAAGCAACGCGUGGCCAUCGCACGGGCUAUCGUCAAGGCCUUGCAGCGUGACAUGGACGCAGGAGGCCCGCAGGUCAGCGGCGGCCAGAAGCAGCGCGUGGCCAUCGCACGGACUAUCUAUCGUCACGGUAACGGCUGCAGCAGGUGGUGGGUGCGCAGGGCUGGCAGCUUGACGUGGGCGCGGGCGGCUCGCAACUCAGCGGCAGCCAGAAUCAGCACGUGGCCAACGCGCGGGCUAUCGUCAAGGCAACAGCUGCAGCAGGUGGUGGGCGCGCAGAGCUGGCAGUGUGACGUGAGCGCGGGAGGAUCGCAACUCAGCGGCAGUCAGAAGCAGCGCGUGGGCAUCGCACGGGCUAUCGUCAAGGUGGUGGGCGCGCAGGGCUGGCAGCGUGACGUGGACGCAGGAGGCCCGCAGGUCAGCGGCGGCCAGAAGCAGCGCGUGGCCAUCGCACGGGCUAUCUAUCGUCACGGUAACAGCUGCAGCAGGUGGUGGGCGCGCAGGGCUGGCAGCGUGGGCGCGGGCGGCUCGCAACUCAGCGGCAGUCAGAAGCUGCGCGUGGCCAUCGCACGGGCUAUCGUCAAGAAUCCCAAAAUUCUCAUACUUGACGAAGCUACCUCAGCCUUAGACGCUUAUUCUGAAUACUUAGUAGAUAAGGCGCUCAAGGAUAUAAGUAAAGACCGAACUGUUCUCACCAUAGCACAUCGACUGAGUACCAUACAAUCAGCAGACGAAGUCGCCGUCAUUGACAAUGGACAUAUAGUAGAAAAAGGGACUUACAGGGAUUUGAUGUCGAAGGAAAAUGGCGUUUUCAAAGAAUUAGUAACUCAUCAAACUUUCGCUUUGAAACCCAGAGAGAAACGUGAAGUUCAGAAACAAUGA